UUUUUUCCCCCACUGACACACGGCAACUUUCGAACAGGAAACUCAUUAGACGCUUCGCCUGUCGUUUUCUCUGUAUUUGCGGCAGGGUGCGUUUGGUGCUCACUGCUCUAACCCAGCUAUGAGCAUCAUCGGGGCUGAGGAUGAAGAUUUUGAGAAUGAUCUGAACGAUGUGACGGAUGACCAGUCCCCGCACUUCAGCAACAUAGAGCUGCUGAAGGAGCGGCCGACCCACCUGCUGGUCUUCAUGCAACAUGUCAUUCUACAGUUUGACCCUGCUCCCUUGCUGUGUUACCUCCAUGCUGACCUCUUCAGGAGCCUCAGUGCCAAAGAGACCAAGAAACAGUUUGUGGAGUUCUACAAUACCUUCUUGGACAAGGGUGCCAUUCUCAGAGUGACAGUACCACUUUCUAUAUCAUAUGAAUUGGACCGGACCCGUCCAGAUCUGCUCUCAGAAGAGACUCAAAGGCGUUUUGCUCAGGAGGUUCAGAACCUGCAGACUACUGAAGUGGUAAAACAGUUGGAGGAUUUCAGGCAAAAGAGGAGGAUGGGUAUGACCCCCAGUGAGGCUGAGCUAAAUGAUGUGGAGAAUCACUAUCCCACCGACCGCAUCCCGAUGGAAAUGAAGGAAAAGUCUGUGGCUGAGAACCUGCUGGAGAAGAUGUCUGAGACACAACCUACGAUUGUCUCAGACGAUGAAAAAUGCCAAUCCAUCUUUACUGCAGUGGCCUUCUACAUGAAGCACCUCGGGGUUAAAUCCAGGGCAGUGGACAGUAAGAAGUCUAGAGGAGGCUUCUUCAGGAGUAAGCUGGUAAAGAAUAAGAAGGAUGAAUCCACAAAGCCCAAGCCCAGAGGAGUGUUUCCUGGCAUUCCAAGCUGGAUUGGAGGCAACACUGAGGUCAAACCUGAAACGGAGGCUAAAGCGGAAAAGGAGAAAGUGGCUCUGGAUCGUAAAGGCCCUGCUCCUGGCAGAGGCUCCUUGACUGACCCUGCAGUCCCUGCCCUCUCUAGCAGAAAGGCUGGUUCCAGUGGAAGCCCUGCCUCACUGCCUGGACUAGAGAUCAGUGAUGGUUCGGGCAACAACAUCAUCAGCACUGUCAACAGCCCAGAGUCUUUACACACUGAUGGUCUUUCUAGCAAUCGCUUAGAGCCCCCAGUACUGUCAGACGGGGGUGAUGUUUCCCCCGUCGGGAUUUCUGGUGGGCCAACCUUUGGGGAGCCCAGCUCACCUUGUGACGCACCCACAGAUGAGACUGUGGAGAAAGACAGUGUUGAUGGAACAGUUUUAGUUCCUGAAGGACCUGGCCAGUCCCCCACCUGUCCGUCACCACAGCUGGAGGAGAUGGAGCCACGUCUCUUGGAGUUUGAGCAGGACCCAGCCAACUGGAGAGAGCUGGCCUCUCCUGAAGCCUUGUCCAGCCUCAACAAAAAGGAGACCAAAAGGCAGGAAGUUAUUAAUGAGUUGUUUGCAACAGAGCAUGCCCAUGUGAGAAUGCUAAGUGUCCUUCAGAUGGUCUUCUCCAAACCAUUGGAGAGGGAAGAACUCCUGACUGCUACUGAGCUGGCGACCAUCUUCCCCAACCUCGAUGAGAUCAUUGAAAUGCACUAUAACUUCUACGAGAACCUGAAAAAGCUGCGGCGGGAAGACAACUUCGUAGUUAAAUCCAUCAGCACCACAGUGCUCAACAGAUUCGGUGGUACAGAGGGUGAGUGGUUUCAGAAGCUGACAGCCCGAUUCUGCAGUCACCAGUCAUGGGCCCUGGAUCAGAUUAAGAGCAGACAGAGGAAAGAGCCACGCUUCAAUUCCUUUAUACAGGAGGCAGAGAGUAAGCCCCAGUGCCGCAGGCUGCAGCUCAAGGACAUUAUUCCUAUAGAGAUGCAGAGACUGACCAAGUAUCCAUUGCUGUUGGAGAAUAUUGCAAAGAACACAGAGAACCCAACAGAGAAGGAGAGCAUCCAGCAGAGUGCAGAAUGCUGCAGAAAAAUCCUCAACCAUGUCAACGAGGAGGUCAAAGUAAUGGAGAACCUGUUGACUGUGAAGGACUACCAGCGUAGAUUGGACACAUCAGGUCUUAAACCCAGUACCGAGCUUUAUACUGAAUAUAAAAACAUUGACUUGACUCAGAAGAAGAUGCUUUAUGAAGGCCAACUGACCUGGAAAGUCACCAAGGAGAAGGCUAUUGAGGUGCAGUGUGUGUUGCUUAGUGACCUGCUAGUGCUCCUACAGAAGCAAGAUGACAAGAUGGUCCUCAAAUGCCAGAGCAAGAGUAACAUCGCUGUGCAGGAGGGCAAGCAGAUGCUGAGCCCCAUUAUCAAGCUGGACUCAGUUUUCCUCCGUGAGGUCGCCACAGAUCGAAAGGCUUUCUACGUGAUAUUUACCUGGGACAGUGGUGCUCAAAUCUAUGAACUCGUGGCUCAGUCUGUGGGAGAAAUGAAAGCUUGGACUGAUGUGAUAAAGUCAGCGGUAGGUGAUCUGAAAAACAGCGGUGCACCCAUGAGGCUGCCACUGCCUCCAGGAGGUGGAGGAGCUCCCUUCAGUCCCUCCACGCUACACCCUCCUGUGAGCCUGACUGAGAAUGGAAGUUUGAAAAACAGCACUGAUCGAGACAAGGACAGUUUGAAGUCUCCAGAUCCCCGACACAGACUAAUUGAUUUCCUGUCAGAUAAAGGCUUUGACUUGAUAGGCCACUCCAACAGCAUUCAGGAGAAGUUGGCCAGUCGGGCUUUGGAUGAGGUCAUGUCACUGAAAAGACUGUUGAUAGGCAGCAUCAGUCUAUCAGACGACUCAAGGCCUGAUGAAGAAAAUGAAGAGGAGCAAUCAGAGAGGCUCAAUCAAGAAACGGAUUGCUGUCAGCCAACAGAGGAAAAUCCAACCAGAGACAGCGAGGCUGAAGCGGUAAACGUCAACACGUGUAACAAAGAAGGUGAAGAGACGAAAGGAGAUGAAGAGAAGAGCAUCAGUGCUCCCCUGGUUUUAUCCCAGGAGAGAAUGGAGGAAGUGAGCAGGAGGCUGCAGAGCCUGGAGAAACAACUAGAGAGACUACAGAAUGUAGAAGAGGAGCACCACAGGCUGCAGGAGGCUCUUUCCGAGUUCUCGCUGGAACGGGGUAACUUCCAGUAAGACACCAUCACUCCACCUGCUGGCCACUAGGAUUUUCCUGGUCUUGGUUUGGACUGAGUGACUGUCAGAGGCUUUCCUGGAAAUUCCUAAACCGUCAUGCGUCUUGCCUCGACCGCUGCUGCGUUAUUUGUUUGUAUCGAGGCUGUUUUGCAGCCAAGAAGGAAGCUUUCUGCGAGAAGGGAGGGCUUCCAGCACCGUGGAGUGAUUCAGUGAUGGGAAAAUGGGAGGUGUGCACACUUGUAUGUGUGAGUGUUUCUUUGCGUGCAUGCUUGAUAGCUAUAUAAAGAAGAAGAAAAAAAGAGACAUCCUGUUUUUUUAAUGGGAGGCCAUUUUUGCAGAGAGGUGCCACAAGAAAUGAAGCAAUAUUUUUGCUGUGAGAGAGAUGCUGCCUAACAAAAUGUAGUGAUUUCAAUUUGCCGUAACACACAUACGCACACCAGAGACAUGCAGGCUGGGAAAUAAUUUAUGUCAAUGCCAAGAAUAGAUGUAAAAUAUAGGAGAAAGCCUUGAACCGCCAAUGUAGCAUAAGAUGAUGUAUUGAAAUACUACUGCUGAUAUAUAGUGUUAUUUCUAAUCUAUGCCAAAGUACAACAGAGAUGCACUUUUUUUUCUGAACAAAACAAGUUGAACACACACUGUUUUGCAAAAUUUCUAAUUUGUACUCUCUUCAGUAUAGUUCUUGAACAAUUGGGCUUCAUAUAGAGGGCCCUCAUUAUUGAAAAGAUGCAUGCAAGACAGUGUGUGUAUGUGUGUUACAAAGUUUUUAAUUAAGGACAUGUAUGUUUGGAGGGUUCUUACUGUAAUUAGGUCGCAUAAAACAUUUAUAAAUAGGGGAACUAUAGGUAGUCACAUUGUUAAUAAUGAAAACUUGUUUGUAUGUACCGCUUUUAUUUAUUCCUCUGAGUCUUGUCAGGUCAGUGAGUUGCCUCAUCCGAGUAAAGCUGUUACAACACUGGGCCAAAAUGAAAUGGCAACGUACGAGAGUCGGACACGACAAAAGGAAGCAAACCUGAAAUGUGUAAAACGGAUCAAGGCAGAGAGCGAAAAAGAGACAUGGAGGUGUAGUUUAGAUAGCUUUAGUUUGACGGUCAUGAGGAAAUGUGUGGAAAACAGGACGUUAGGAUUUGCACUCUCUGUACUCAAGUAGACACACACACACACAAAUACACACACAUCUACAAACACACAGAGCUUAGAACAGGUGGGCUCACAAAUGCCAGCAUCAUUUCUGCAGCUUCCCUUUGGGAGGGUUCAUAGCUCCUGAUCCAAAACACAGACUUGAGAUGAGGUAAUAAAUUGUAUUAUAUGACAUUGGACACAUAUGUGUAUUAGUAAAAAAAAAAAUCUAUUAUUCCCUGUUAGCAAUAUUUGUAUCAAAAUUGAGUUGUCUUUGCAUUUUAUUGAGCAGUUGAUUGUAAUUAUAGGUAUUGUGAUAUAAUUUCAAACUAGUGGCAUAACUCUGGCUGUGCACACGGGACCAAAGACGAAGUAAAGCACCAUUAGAUCCUCAUUCAAGCUGAUUUUUUUAAUGACAUGCUUCAUGUUUAUAGUACUAUGUCACAAAAGGAGUGGUGGCUCAGUAGUGCAGCUGGCAGUCAGCAGCUGCUUUUCCUCUCCCCAAACUUGUUGCAACUUACUUAAAGGGGCUUUUAGGAGCACAUACGUGAAUGAAGCAGUGGUUGUCGAUACAGAGUUACAGAGUUUUUUUUUUUUCCUGAGAAUGUAAAUUAAAUACCAAGAUAAGGACUGUUGCACUGUUGAAGUCAUAUGACCAAAUCCAGACAGAAUCUGUAGAUUUCUCGCCUGCAUUUCAGUGACGCUCAACAGCAAACCAGUGAAUGAGAGCGUUGUCUUCGAAAUCUGUUUGGGUCACUGACUAAAAGCUGGUGUGACUGCCGCAAGCUGUACUGUACCGUACCGCAUAGAGGACUGGAGAUCAAACACUGCUAACAUUUCUGGUACCGAGCUGAUCCUUCUGUAGAAAACAGAGUGUGGCAACAAGAAAAUGAAGCCAGGCAAGGAUACAGAGCAUCUGUCGAAAAUUUAGAGGAAGGAAAGCUGCCGCCUCAUUCCAAUAAUGUUGCUAUCGCCAACACUGUAAUCAUGAUCACUUCCUGAUAUGCAUUCUCAUCGUUGUUGCCACAACAACAAAUGCUGCCUUUGCGCCUACUGAACCUCAGUAGGUUAACUCAAUCUAGCUACUUGAGUGUCACAGUUUGCAAAAUUAUAGAAGCUUGUGUUUGAACAUUACUGCCAUCUCUCCCCAUGUCUUCCUCUUUAAAACUGCAUGAAUUACAUGAAUGUUAGCUUGAAGGAAAAAACAGCUAUAAAAGUAUGACUCUCCGACCCCACGUGUUUAUUAAGCCUGUUAGCUAACACGCUCACUUCACUUGAUAGCGUAAUCAUCUUUUCAUACUGUACUUCUUUUUUUUUGUUUCACGUCACAUGUUGUGUAUUUAAUUUGCUUUGCUUAAGAGGUUUGGGAUGGUUUUCAGUAGUUUCCCCCAUUAUUUUUCAAAGAAACUUAUGUCAUUAUGUGCUAUGCAUUUGCUGUGUUGGUGAGAGACAGGACUUGUCUGUAACUUGUCUGUGCAUGAAUCGGUCUAACAGUUAUGCAAAUGUUGUAACCAUGACCGAUUCCUGUAAUGUCAACGUGGCCUGUACUGCGACUAUUAAGCUUAGCUAUGGGAUACGUUUAAUUAGACUAUCUCAACCAGGGGGGUUUUAGCUGUGUAACAUUGGUGGUCAGCAGGUGAAAUCCAGUUACCGCCAGCGUACAGUGAUGCAUUCAGGCUCCACUGGCUGAAUGACUACUACAGGCACUUCUCCAUCUCUUUCCUUCAGCUACUUUUCCUCAUGUAUUCUAUUUACGGAAUGUAUAGAAAAUGUAUUUAUAGAGUGGUGCCUUGUUCUGAUGAUAAAGCUGUUUUCUUCAUAAAGGGCUCUUAGGUCAAACACAAUCACUGUUGUUUUGGUGGACUGUUUUUCACUGGGGAGACAUACUGACCAAAUAUCUAAUAAGCAAUGAGAGAUUAUCCCAGGAUUCUGAUCAGGUGUUUUCACAGUUGAGGCUGUGGUUGUAUGUCAUCUUGGUGUGAAUACUCUUUUUUUUUUUUUUUUUUGUCCCUUUCCAUUACAUCAGCAAGAUUUGUGCCCUCUUCCAACUCAGCCAGCCAGUCCAUUGCGUAGAAACGCUCCUUGUCAUACUUGCAUUUGCCUUUUUGUCUAUCUAUAAACAGUGAAUAUACAAGAACUAUACUGUGUAUUUGAGUUUUAAUUUUUAUUGUGUAAGAGGUUCUUUAAUGAUGUAUACCUAAGGAAAAUUUUGGUACGUUCUGUUUUUUUUAAGUCUUCUUUCUUUCUUUUUUUUAAUAAACUGGGGAAAUAAC